AAACGAUCGUGGGUGCAUGAGAUUAAUAUAUGUAGGAAAUCGUUCGGAGAAUUCUAUCACCUCUAUCGAGAUGCCAGAAAAUAUCCAGAAAAAUUUUAUGAAUACUUGAGGAUGUCAAAGGAAUCUUUCGACCUUCUCCUAAGCCAUUUGGAUCCUUAUUUAUGUGGGAUUGGAACCAAUUUCCGUGAAAGGAUUUCAGCAGAACAACGUUUGGUUAUAACAUUGAGAUUUCUUGCUACUGGAGAAUCCUAUCGAUCCCUAGCUCUACACUUCAGAUUGGGGGUGGCAACAGUUUCAAAUAUUGUAAAUCAUACAUGCAUGGUAAUAUGGGAUACCAUGAAAAGUGAUUACCUACCAAAACCUACACAAGCACGUGGCACAAUAAAUCACAACAAUAUUGGACCAAAUGGAAUUUUCCAAAUUGCAUAG